AUGACGACACGCAAUCUUCUCUCUGGCCCAAUCACGUUUUCUAAUGCAAAGGGUCGCGCAGCCAAUGUGCUGGAGGCGCUGCUUUAUCCGCAGCGUAAACUAGCAUUCUAUGACUACAUUGAACAGCGGAGGGAUCUGGUGGCUGAGGUUAUCGCACACCACUUUGGUGUCAAACCCAGUGAGAUUCAGGUUUCCCCUCAGGUAUGGUGGCGACAUGGAUCCUUCAAUCUCUGCAUACCCUUCACCAUAAUUGCGAAGAUGACUGAUCCGGAUGUGCUUUCCAAUGUACCGCCAUAUGCGUUCAUUCGCUUUCCGCUGCCGUAUCGUGUUGGGGAGGCAGCACACCCUGGCAACUCGGACGAAAAGGUCAGAUGCGAGGCUGCGACGUAUGCAUGGAUGGAGGAAAACUGCCCUGAUGUUCCUCUACCGAAGCUUUUUGGGUUUGGGCUAUCGACGAAUGAAAGAUUUACAAAGUCAAACAUCGUUCCCUGGUGGUCGCGAUGGUGCCAUGAAGCUCGGCGUUUUAUUCUUUCUGUCGCUGGUUACCAACAACCUACGCAAUACGUCUGCCACAACUCCCCUCGUUUCGAGAAACUGGACAUCGGGUACCUGAUUAUCGAAAUGAUCACGACAGACCGGGGGAUAAUGCUGUCUGAAUCCUGGCCGGAGAAGCGCAGCGAUGCCCGGUUACACAAUUUACAAAAAGACAUGGCUCGAAUCAUGGUCUCCAUGGCAAGGCACCGGCUGCCUUGUAUUGGAACUUUCCGCAUGGACAGCGGCGGGUUUCUGCGUCUGGACAAUCGCCCAAUCAGUGUUGACAGUACAAUCUACGAGAACGAGGGGCUGCCUCCCGUCAUGUCGAGAAACACUACCUUCACCACGGUUCAAGAUUUCAUUAAUUCUCAAAUUUUAGCUUUUGAAACUCGAUUUCUAGAGCAGCCAAAUGCAAUCAAUAGCCGCGAAGAUGCCUGGCACCAGAUGACAGGUUUCGCCGGCGCCAGGCUUACGCUACCCCAGCUUCUUCAAGAGGACCUAAAUAACGGACCUUUUAUCUUUGCCUUAAGUGAUAUUCACCGAAGUAACAUUUUCGUGGACGACAACUGGAAUAUCACGGCUAUCAUUGACCUCGAGUUUGCUUGCUCAUGGCCAAUCGAAUUUCUCCAAACUCCGUAUUGGCUGGAAUGUGACUUCAUUGAGCAUGUGUUACCUACGGAGUUUUUAGCCAGAAAUACGGAAUUUAUUAAGCAUGUAAAGCAGGCGGAGGAACUACACCAAUGCGGAAAUUCGGGCACAGAGUCAAUUUCAUCUAUUAUGCAGCGAUCCUGGGACGAAGGCGGGUUCUGGGUCCCGCUUGCACUCGCUCACCUAGUCUCAUUUACAGAAAUAUUUUACGAGCGCAUCCUAAAGAGAUAUUUCGGUUUCCUUGCAGAAGAUUAUGAGAAGGCUCAAAGUUUUAUAUUCUGUUCCCGUUUGUUCCGCCGCAAUAUCCUGACCCUCCUCGAUAGAAAGCUAGACGACCGGCAAAAGUACUUGGACGCGCUUGCGGAAGCCUUUUCUGAUGAAAAGCCGGUAGCUCAACCCGGACGCUGA